GAGUGGAAACAACAUCGGAAAUCACCAACUUUGUCAUUCCCGUCACAAUUGGACAGCUUGCGGUAUUUUGGGCAUAUCUCCAUCGUUUCUGCACGAAAUUGCAAACCGUUUGAUUCUGUGGAUUCCUAAGAUAUAAGGCUAUAACUUUCGUAUAGAAAGUAGUUCGAAUUAACAGGUGUAAAAUAACGUAAAUCGGACCUGAAGUCAAUGGAAAGUUGCUGUCCAGAAUUUCGGCUAUGUCGAUGAACACGAUUCCGACGAUUAACUCACUAAUUUCAAUAUUCCAACGCCAAACCCUCUCUACGAUACCUUCCGGAUGUUCCUAAUAAUUGUUAGAGAGUUUAUGGUAGGUAUUUGGAAUGAAAUAAUAUGAAUUUGGUGAAGAAACACAUGCCAACCCGAGGAGCUCGCCACCACUGGUGCAGUCCCGGUAUUUUGGUCAUAUCUUCUUCGUUACUUAACGAAAUCGCGAGCCGUUUGUUGGGCUGGAUUCGUAUCGUCCGGGGCUACAACUUUGGUUCAGAAAGUAUUCCGAGAUAAUGGAUGGAAAAUUUCAGUUUUUACCUCAAAGUGGACUGAUGUGUUUUGGUUUCAGGAUUUUGGACACUUGAAUGGAAAUGGGUGAGAUUUGGAGUAUUAUAUUAGUGGAGAGUUAGUGGAUUUCUUAGGAUAUAUUGGGUGGCUAGUGGAGUGACUUACGUGAUUGGGGAGGGAUUUUAGAGUAUUAGUUUUGGAGUUUUGUUCAAACUGAACAGAUUACUCUAAACGGUACGCGCUUUUUCUCACCCAAACUGCUCCGAAUUGAAAACGAAUUGCAUUUUUAGAAUCAGACUGUCAAAACUAGAAUUCUGACAUAAUCAAAAUAUUUUUCUGAGAACUUUUAUUUUUCUCAGUGUUCAGGUCUUUCUCUGUCCUAAAUUAAUUUAAUAAUAUGAAUGAGAUAAAAAUAUAUGAAUUAAAUCCAA